GCGGUUUCAUCGCGGUUUCUAUCUGUGCGCUCUUCGUAGCCAGUGUGCAUACACGCGUUCACGUCUGCUUUGGUUCUUUUUCCGCGAGUGAUUGCGUUGCGGCGGGUGGAUAAUUUUAGAGAAUUUGAGAAGCACUGUGACGACAAUUUCCACCGAAUAUCUGUGGUGUGUUCAGUGAGAAUACGAACGACUCCGAUCGCCCUGAGCGAAAUGCUACGUUUACCAUCGUUGCUGACCAAGAGUGCCCUGUCCGCGGCACGUGGAUUGUCGGCAACCACGUCAACUCAACGCGGACUGCAUUUUACCGUUGGCCAGAAUAAUGCCAAAUCGAAUCCGGAUGCGAUCUCGAAGGAAUACCCGGUGGUAGACCAUACGUACGAUGCGGUGGUGGUGGGCGCCGGUGGAGCUGGUCUCCGUGCAGCUUUCGGUUUGGUGGCCGAAGGCUUCAAGACUGCCGUCAUCACCAAACUUUUCCCGACUCGUUCGCAUACCGUGGCGGCACAGGGUGGCAUCAACGCUGCACUCGGCAACAUGGAAGAGGACGACUGGAAGUGGCACAUGUACGAUACGGUGAAGGGCUCCGAUUGGUUGGGAGACCAAGAUGCUAUUCACUACAUGACCCGCGAGGCGCCGAAGGCAGUUAUCGAGCUGGAGAACUAUGGUAUGCCAUUCUCGCGUACUCCCGAUGGAAAGAUCUACCAGCGGGCUUUUGGCGGUCAGAGCUUGAAGUUCGGAAAGGGUGGCCAAGCACAUCGUUGCUGUUGUGUGGCCGAUCGUACCGGACAUUCGCUGUUGCACACAUUGUAUGGCCAAUCGUUAAGUUACGAUUGCAACUAUUUCGUCGAAUACUUUGCCUUGGAUUUACUGAUGGAAAAUGGCCAGUGCGUUGGUGUGAUUGCGUUGAACUUGGAAGACGGUAGCAUCCAUCGUUUCCGCUCCAAGAAUACCGUGUUGGCAACUGGAGGAUAUGGUCGUGCCUACUUCUCGUGUACCUCGGCUCACACCUGUACCGGCGAUGGCACUGCUAUGGUGGCUCGUGCUGGAUUGCCUUCGGAAGAUCUGGAGUUCGUGCAAUUCCAUCCCACGGGUAUCUAUGGUGCUGGUUGUCUGAUCACCGAAGGCUGCCGCGGUGAAGGUGGCUACCUCAUCAACUCCCAAGGUGAACGCUUCAUGGAACGUUAUGCACCAGUAGCUAAGGAUUUGGCAUCUCGCGAUGUUGUGUCCCGUUCGAUGACCAUCGAAAUCCGCGAAGGUCGCGGCUGUGGUCCUGAAAAGGAUCAUGUCUACCUCCAGCUGCACCAUCUGCCCCCAGAGCAGCUGGCUCAGCGCCUUCCGGGUAUUUCUGAAACUGCUAUGAUCUUUGCCGGAGUCGAUGUGACCCGUGAACCGAUUCCGGUGUUGCCAACUGUGCAUUACAAUAUGGGUGGUGUCCCCACGAAUUACAAGGGCCAAGUCCUGACUAUCGAUUCCAGCGGAAAUGAUCGUAUUGUUCCAGGAUUGUAUGCUUGUGGUGAGUCUGCCUGCUCAUCGGUGCAUGGUGCUAAUCGUUUGGGCGCAAACUCUCUGUUGGAUUUGGUUGUAUUUGGUCGUGCUUGCGCCAAGACCAUUGCCUCCGAAAACCGACCCGGCGAGAAAAUCGCCGAUAUUAAGCCGAAUGCAGGCGAAGAAUCCGUUGCAAAUCUGGAUUGGGUACGCAACGCCAACGGAGCUGUUCCUACCUCGACUCUGAGAUUGAACAUGCAAAAGACUAUGCAGACGCAUGCCGCUGUGUUCCGCGAGGAGAAGACACUGCAGGAGGGUGUCCGCAAGAUGGGCGACAUCUACAAGACCAUCAAAGAUGUCAAGGUUUCCGAUCGGUCGCUGGUGUGGAACUCGGACUUAGUCGAAACGCUGGAGCUGCAAAAUUUGCUGCUGAAUGCCAACAUGACCAUCACAGCAGCCGAGAACCGGAAAGAAUCGCGUGGUGCCCAUGCCCGCGAGGACUACAAGCACCGAGUGGAUGAAUACGACUACAGCAAACCUCUAGAGGGCCAACAGAAGAAGCCAGUCGAAGAACACUGGCGUAAGCACACACUGAUCUGGAUCGACCCAGCGACCGGUGCCGUCAAGAUCGAUUACAGACCCGUUAUCGACCACACCCUUAGCGAGGAAUGCAAUACCGUGCCGCCUGCCAUCCGCUCGUAUUAAGCUCAGUUUUUCGAAAGUUUCCCCACAAGUAACAGCCUCAUCAAAACUGCAUCACAGCCCCAGUUAUGUAUGCGGAAACGACCCGAACCGAUGGGCAGAGAAACAAUGUACUGAACGUGAAACGGAAAGAUUUAAAAGCGCAGAAGGAGCAAUGCUUGCUUGAAAGAGUAUUAAUUGUGACGAUGUGAGUAGCCGGUUUAGUAUACAGCAUUUCCAGAUAGCGCCAGUCAAUGUCAUGUGAUUGCCGUCCCACCGAACACGCCAUGGCAUUUUGCCACGGAGAUCCUGAUAAUUCAUGAUUGAAUCACAUGAAACAUCUUUAUCUCAUUAUAUCGAAAUUGUCUCAUCUUCUUUACUACAAUCAACCAAAAAGUGCAACUACACAAACAGUUCCGUUGUCUAUCUUCAUGUAUGCUUGGGAUCGGUCUUGGCAAAUUACAUCGCAGGACCUUCCGAAGAAGCAGGAAGGUCGUCCGACCCAGUAAAGUCAAAAUUGUGCUUAACUUAAACAUCCUAUGUUUUAAAUAUAGGAGAUAAUUCAAAAACUACACAAACGAUCGGAUCGGUAAGGUUUAAUCUUGGAGUAAUUAUUUAUUAUUAAUAAGCGUUUAAAAAGGAAGAAGCCAUUAACAUACUUCUACGAAGCAAAUAAAAUAUAACUAUGAUUCGUAGGUUGUAUUCUUUGAAA